AUGGACCGCCUUCGCAAGAUAUGGAAGAACGAUGAUGAGCAAGAGUAUGAGCCGCUUGCAAAUAGCGAGACGGAAGGGGAGGGGCGUGAAGAUGUUCGAACAGGAGGGAAGCCAGCGAGAGCAUUCUCGUAUGUCGAAUACAGCAUCUUCCUGCUGCUCGGCAUAUCCAUGCUCUGGGCCUGGAAUAUGUUCUUAGCGGCCGGACCAUACUUCCAACAGCGGUUCCGUGGAAAUCGAUGGAUCUUCGAGAACUUCCAAGCCGCCGAGAUCUCAGUCUCAACAGUCACGAAUCUCUCAAGCAUGCUGAUUCUCACGCGAAUGCAGGCAGGAGCGAACUACCCAAAGAGAGUCAUUGUGAGCUUGUUCAUCAACAUGACUGUCUUCGCGCUCUUGGCUGCUAGCACGGCGGUCAACGUGGGAGCAGGAGUAUACUUUGGCUUCUUGAUGGUUAUGAUGUUCUGCACCAGCUUGGCUACAGGAUUCUGUCAGAAUGGUGUCUUUGCAUAUGUGUCGGGCUUUGCAGAGCCGAAGUUCACUCAGGGUAUCAUGACUGGGCAAGCAGUGGCUGGUGUGUUGCCAUGUGUUGCACAGAUCAUAAGUGUGCUCUCCGUUCAGGCGGCAAAAGGACGUCCCGACCAGCCUACUCAUGAUUCGCCUCAUGGACCUCCACAAGGGCCUCCGCCAGUGAACUGGAAAGCAGCAUUGGCAUACUUCCUUACUGCGACAGCAAUCAACGCUGAGCGAAAGUCGAUACCACUUCUCUACCUUCUUAGGAAGCUGAUCUGGCUCGCUGGAGGCGUUUUCAUCACCUUCGCAGUCACUAUGGUAUUUCCUGUCUUCACUCAGCAGAUCGUAUCAGUGCGGCCACCGAGCGAGCAACCAGCGAUACUACACCCGCCUAGCUUCGUUCCACUCGCUCUACUAUUCUGGAAUGCGGGAGAUCUACUCGGGCGUCUCAUCACUGCUAUUCAAUCGCUAUCUCUAACCCAACGACCUAAGCUUGUCUUUGGCUUGGCUAUCGCGCGGUUGAUAUGGAUUGGCGGAUACCAUCUCUGCAACAUCAAAGGUAGAGGAGCCAUAGUGGAAAGCGACUUCUUCUACCUUGUUGUUAUACAGCUAUUCUUCGGCCUCUCCAACGGCUACCUUGGCAGUACGUGCAUGAUCGGUGCCGGAGAGUGGGUUGAGGAAGACGAACGCGAAGCUGCUGGAGGUUUCAUGGGUCUCUGUUUGGUAUCAGGACUGACAGUUGGCAGCCUUUUCAGCUUCUUGGUAGCUGGCACUUGA